GUGCAUUGCAAAGAUGCCUGCCCCUUUGGAGACCUGCCUCUCCGACCUCGACGGCGCCAGCAGUAACAGCAGCAGCGACCUGUCCAGCUUCCUCACCGACGAAGAGGACUGUGCCAGGCCCCAGCCCCUAGCCCCUACCUCCGGGCUGCCUGUGCCAGUUCGCAGGAGCGCGCCCACCAUUUCCGGGGCAUCGAAUGUUCCGGGUGCCCAGGAUGAAGAGCAGGAGCGACGGCGGAGGCGAGGUCGCGCGCGGGUGCGGUCUGAGGCGCUGCUGCACUCCCUGCGUAGGAGCCGUCGGGUCAAAGCCAAUGAUCGCGAGCGCAACCGAAUGCACAACCUCAACGCUGCGCUGGACGCACUGCGCAGCGUGCUGCCCUCAUUCCCCGACGACACCAAGCUCACCAAGAUUGAGACGCUGCGCUUCGCCUACAACUACAUCUGGGCCCUGGCUGAGACCCUGCGCCUGGCAGAUCAAGGGCUCCCCGGGGGCGGUGCCCGAGAGCGCCUCCUGCCUCCGCAGUGUGUUCCCUGCCUGCCUGGGCCCCCGAGCCCGGCCAGUGACACGGAGUCCUGGGGCUCCGGAGCCGCUGCCUCCCCCUGCGCCACAGUAGCGUCACCACUGUCUGACCCCAGUAGUCCCUCAGCCCCAGAAGACUUCGCCUAUGGUCCGGGCGACCCGCUUUUCUCCUUCCCUGGCCUGCCCAAAGACCUGCUCCACACGACGCCCUGUUUUAUCCCAUACCAAUAGGCCUUUGUAAGGAAAGCAACGUUAAAACCUUCUUCCUCCCCCAGUCAAUGAGCAA